AAGGGCUCCGUUGGUCGGGCACAUCUCCGUGACGUCACGCGCGCCGCUUGUGUUGUGGCGGAGCGAGGCACGGAGGGAGCGAGGGGGAGGCUGACUGGCUGACACCAACAGACGCGGCACCAGGGACGCUUGGGGCUGCCCCUCACCCCUGCCACUGUGCCACCUUGCCUGUCAUUCACCAGGAAAAACUGCCAAGAUGGAGGAGGGAGUGCUGUGUCUGAAGUGGAGGGACCACCGUUCCACUUUCCUUCGCAUGCUUUCCUCUGUAAGAAAAAAGGGUGUGUUCUGCGAUGUUACGCUGGUGUGUGAGGGCAAGUUUUACCCAGUGCACCAGCUGGUUCUCUCUACCUGCAGUGAGUACUUUCAACAGAUGUUUGAAGGGUUAUCAAGUGGAACCAACGGAUCAGCAGGGAAUGUCCGAACUGCUGGGCCUCUUGUGGUGGUCCUGGCGGGUGUCUCUCCUCGUGAUCUUGAGGCUUUGUUGGAAUACAUGUACGCUGGAGAAGCUACAAUAUUACAAGGAGACCUAGCACGCUUCAUGAAAGCAGCUGAAGGCCUUAAAGUUCACGGUCUAGCUGAGCCUCCUCCCCCGGCCUCGCCCUCCCCACGAAGAGAGUCUGGGGAGGGAACAAAAAGGACGCUGCCGCAGUGUGAAGACACCUGGGAGAGGAAGAGAAAAAAAGAAAGUGAUCAUCACAAAGUAAUGAAAGGAAGGGAGGCUCUACCAGAAAUAGUUUCCCCCGCCCAGCUGGCAUCAGUGGAACUCGCCCCGGAGACGCAGCGUGGAAUGGAGCGGGACACAGCCACAGGUACCCCAGGUGACCUCCCGGGGCCCGUGGCACCACUGUCACCACCUUCUCGUCCACAGAUUAAAUAUGAAGAGAUUCAGGUGAAGGAGGAACCUCAAAACCUGGAGGAAGUAGAUGAGGCAAGAAAAGAACAAGGAAGAUGGAGUCACAGUCAGCAUUGAUUGUAUUUUCAUUAUUUGUACUGCAGCUGUGUUUGUAACUCCCACAACCACAAGGAAAGACAAGGAAAUACAG